AUAUCCUCAGUAAAACUACUGAUUAUUACUCACACAUUUGCUCCUUGAUUUCCUCACUUUCUGACCCCCUCUGUUAUUUGUUUUGUUCUUUCCCAACUUAUUACUCUCUCUGAAUCUCCCUUCAUUAUUUAUUACACACACAUCUUCAAUUAUACCAUCUCAACACUUGCAUCAUUUCUUUCUGCUGUGUGUGUGUGUUUUCUAUAUAUUUGCAUCAGCUCAACUUUUUGAUCCCUUGUUAUGAUUAAAAUAAUAAUGGGUUUUUCUUGAACGCUGCUUCUUUUUACUACUCAAGUUGUUUACUUGUCAUCCAAUCUUUGAAUACUUGCUACUGAAAAUUAUCACUUUCUUUUCUUUCUUUUUUCAAUAAAAAAAAUGAUCCCUUCUGCUGAGGGAGAUCAGAUCUAUUCUAAUGAUGGAAAUCCACUAGUGCUUGAAUCUCAAUGUGUUUCUGAUGCAUAUAUAGAUGUUAAUGUGGUUCCUGAGCAUGAAAAGAAUCAGCUUGAGCAUUCCAUACUCAAUUUGCAAGAGGAAAUUGUGGAUUUAAAAUCUAAACUGCGAAAUCAUGAUGACAAGCGCAGACAAGCAUUGAAUAACAUAUUAGAUAUCAAAGGUAGCAUUCGAGUGUUUUGUCGAAUUAGGCCAUAUCUAUCUGCAAGUAAGGGUAUAGUUCACCAACCCAUUUCAGUUGAGUCCAAUAAGAUUGUGAUUAGAUCUGGUGGAAGUAAGAAGGAAUUUGAAUUUGACAAAGUUUUCACUCAAGAAGAAAGCCAAGAAAAUAUUUUUCUUGAGGUUGAGCCAAUUCUUAGAUCUGCGCUAGACGGGCGAAAUGUAUGCAUUUUAGCUUAUGGACAAACUGGCACUGGCAAGACAUUUACAAUGGAUGGAGCAAAUGAUGCACCAGGCAUUGUUCCCAGAGCUCUAAAAACGCUUUUCCAAAGAGCUUCCCUAGAUAGCACGUCAACGGUUGUGUUUUCAAUCAGUAUGUUGGAAGUUUACUUGGGUAGUGUCAGGGACUUGCUUGCUCCAAAACCAGUCAGAGCUUCUUCUAUGGCAAGAUGCAAUCUUAAUAUACAAACAGAUAUAAAAGGUUCAGUUGAGAUUGAAGGUCUCACAGAGGUGCAAAUAUCUGAUUUUGCAAAAGCAGUUUGGUGGUAUACUAAAGGGAAGAGAGUUAGAUCUACUUCAUGGACUAAUGUAAACGAGGCAUCCAGUAGAUCACAUUGCUUGACAAGGAUCACCAUUUAUCGACAUGGGGAUAAUUCAGGAGGUAAACCAGAAAUUAGCAAAUUGUGGAUGGUUGAUCUUGGAGGUAGUGAGCGAUUACUGAAAACAGGAGCUACCGGACAAACACUAGAUGAGGGAAGGGCUAUUAAUCUCUCUCUUUCUGCUUUGGGUGAUGUUAUUGCAGCCCUUAGGAGAAAGAGAGGCCAUAUUCCUUAUAGAAACAGCAAGCUAACUCAGAUUCUUAAGGAUUCCCUAGGUGACAGGUCUAAAGUGUUGAUGCUUGUUCAUGCGAGUCCAUAUGAGGAAGAUGUUAUGGAAACAAUUUGCUCAUUAAAUUUCUCUAAAAGGGCGAGAGCUGUUGAUUUUUAUAAAGAAUUACCUGAGGAUGUAAAGUUGCUGAAGGAGAAGAGGAUUGCUGAGUUUCAGGAAGAGAUGAGGGAAGCUGAAGAUGAAUUUGCCAAGGUUAGUGACCAUAUAAGGAAGACUCAGUUCCUUCUAACUGAAAAGAAGAAACUCUUUGCAGAGAGUUAUGAUGUCUGUAAAGAUAAAGAAAAUAUUCCGACAAGUCAAGAUGAUGUCUUUAAAGAAGUCACGGGAACCCCGCGAACAUCUGAAAUUCCAGGCACAAGAAGUGUUAUGAAAUCUGCUCCUCGGUUUAUGAGCUCAACUGCAGCCAGUCGCCAGAGGCAUAUUAUUGCAGAAAUACAAGUAAAAGGCAUGGCAAGAAGUUUAAGAUCUGGAACUAGAACUUCUCUCCAAAUUUCAAGUUCCCAGUCUCUUGGUUAUUCAGAUCCUCGUUUUAAGGCUUUCCUGAAGCACCCCAAUAAAAAAUCCCGCUAUGGAGAGACUAAUGCUUCAGGUACUGAAGUUAGUGGUUUAGGUACUGAAGUAACUGGGGAAACCGAUGCUUCAGUUACUGAGAUCGCCAUUUCCAGUAAUCACAAGGCUGGGCCACUUGCAGUGACUCGAACUAAGAUGGUCAGCUCUGAUCCAAAUUUGAAGGUCACACUUCAUCGACAUAGAAGAAGGAUGUCUAGUCUGAUUUAAGGGAGGCAGCAUCUCAUAUUCGAUUUGCAUGGGAGGCAGCAUCUCACUCACUGAUCUAAUAUUUUUGUUUUGAUCUUGAGAAGAAUUGUAAUUGAUGUGUGCAGCUAGUUUCAUCAAGUAGUGUCUAUUUUCUUGUUUGAUAGUGUUCUACAAUCAUAGUAAUUGAUGUUUGGAUAGGUUUGUAGAGAUUUUACAGAUGUUUGGUAUAGAUGAUGCUUGGUUUUCUUGUACCCUAACAUUAAGCUUGUUUGAGGUUGUAACUGUCUUCUUGUAUAUUGAUUUGACAUUCUGCAUUUUAUGUA